CAGCUAGUUACCUUCCUUUAAAUCUUCCCCCUCGAGGUGCUAUCUUGGGUCUUGUUUUGUUUUUCUUGAUUGCUUCAUUUUGGCGCUGUUUCUAUUGCGUGCCAACCUAGCCGCACCCUGAGUCUCUCCCUGCUUCAACCAAAACCAUCAACGAUACGCGACGCUCCGACGCUUUUUUUCGCAGCAAAUCUAACCGUCAUGGGCAACGACAGCUCCAUCCUCGCCGACGGUUCCGCCAUGGCCGCUCCAGGCUCCCCCUUUAACCAGACUCUCUUCGAGACAGCGCUGCCGCCGCUGCCGACCUUCAGCCUCGAGACUCGGCCUGACCUCCUGUCGUGGAUGUCAGACUUCUGGCUCUCCCUCGUCAUCCCCGUCGUCGUCUACUGGGCCCUGUCCCUGACCUUCCACGCUAUCGACGUCUAUGACUACUUCCCUCAGUAUCGGCUACACACUCCCGAGGAGAUCACCAAGCGCAACCAUGUUUCCCGGUACGAGGUCGCUCGCGACGUCAUCCUCCAACAGGUCAUCCAGGUCAUCACCGGCGCCAUCCUCGCAAUGACCGAGCCUCCCGAGAUGGUCGGCAAGUCCGAGUACGAUGUUGCUGUCUGGGCCACUCGCAUCCGUGUCGCUCAGAGAGUCCUCCCUACUGUUCUGGGAGUCUUUGGCUUCAACGCUACCGCCAUCUCCAAGAGUCUCCUCGAAUCUCACCCGCUGCUGGCCGGCGCUCUCGCUGGUGGCUACUACCCCUCGCUCGUUACCGCCACCAACGAGCCGGCCUUUGCUUCGUGGGAGAUUAACGUGGCCAAGGUCAUCUACCACUUCCUCAUUCCCGCUGUCCAGUUCUUUGUCGCUAUCUCCAUCAUCGACACCUGGCAGUACUUCCUCCACCGUCUGAUGCACGUCAACAAGUGGUUGUAUGCCCACUUCCACUCGCGACACCACCGACUCUACGUUCCUUAUGCCUACGGCGCUCUGUACAACCACCCUGUUGAGGGCUUCCUCCUCGAUACCCUCGGCGCGGCUAUCUCGUUCAAGGCCACCUUCAUGACCGUCCGCCAGGGCAUGUGGCUCUUUGCCAUGUCCACCAUCAAGACUGUCGAUGACCACUGCGGCUACGAGUUCCCCUGGGACCCCCUCCAGCUCAUCACCAGCAACAAUGCCGCGUACCACGACAUUCACCACCAGCACUGGGGCAUCAAGACCAACUUUGCCCAGCCAUUCUUCACCUUCUGGGACACUCUGCUGGACACCAAGUACAAGGGCAAGCGGUCCAACCACCCUUCUGGCAUCAAGAAGGCCAAGACUGAGGCCAAGAAGCAGUAAGCUUACACAUGCGACUUGAUCGAUUUUCGGCACAUGGGCAUAUGAAUAUGAAAACCACGAAACAACAAAAAAGAAACCUUUACAUGGAUAUCGCCCGGGUGCGCGGUCUAGUUCACUUAUCUGGGAGAUGCCCUUCAUCAUGUUUCUUGAUGGCGGGGCAUGACAGCAAGCAUCAUUACCAGCAUCACAAUUUUUCAAGACGGCUCGAAGCUGACGGUAAUAAUAUCAACCUUUAAUUCAUGGCUCUAAUGAGAAACCCGGUGGAUGAAGCCACUGGGAUAAUGCAUUCAACCUACUUUCGUUAUCUUCAAAGUACCAUUCUUACACCCUCUGCUUCUGGCCUCCCCUCUGUCAUGACGGGAAGGGGACCGGCAACCGAGGGGCAGGGGCAGGCGUUCCGAGAAUGUUGGUGUCGGGUGGACAAGGAACGUCUUUCCGAAUUGUUUCAUACAUGUUGUACGAUAUUUGUUAGGGCCUUGAGAUGUGAGGCAAGUUGAGUUUGGUUUGGCGGUGAGAGGGCAUACAAUACAGAUUAUGGAAACGCCAACCAUGGGCGCGCGUGUUGGGUCUUGUGUAAUGCGGAAAGGUUCGGAAUCAGGAGGACAAUGGCAUGAUGGAUGUUAUGGAUAUCUGGGGAGGUGUACAAAGGCUGUAUCUAGGGUUGCCUAUCGAGCAAGACUGGAAUGAAUCAUUAUCAUCAU